AUGCCUUUCCUCGCUUCCAACACGUCAUCCUCAUCUGACCCCAAAACCGACUCAUCCAUGUCGGGGCAGACGCAGACACAGACAGGGGAUUCGAGUUCUACCGCCACAGGCGCUGGCGUAAACACCGGCGCGGGCACAACGCGCGAGAAAACGGAAGCCGAGAUUGAAGCUGACCGCCUGUAUGAAGAGGCCAUCGAGGAGGAAUAUGCAAAGAGGGAAGGGGUUGGUCAAGAACCUGACGUGAUGUUGAUGGCUCAUAGUAUCGGUGAGAUUUAG